AAACAGCCACCGGCAGGCAAGAGACAAGAAAACCUCCAAGUAAAAUAUAUCCUCGGCAAACUCACUGGAUCCGCUUACGAGUCGUUCAUUACGAUCUGGGGAAGCACACCCGAUCUCUUCGACGAGAGCAAGUACAUAUCAUUGCAAACAUCAGGACAACAUCAACCACUACCACAUCUGCUGCUACCAUGAGCAAAAUUAUUGUCGGGCCUUCAGAGGUAAAAGGUGAAAGAAAGAGGGGCGCGCACUGGAAAGGCAUUCAAGAACCCUUGGUCGUCAUUCAGUAUGCCGACUGCUUGGAGUUUAGCCAAGUUUGGUUAUCAAAUGGCUGCGUUCAAAGAUGUCACUGUGAAGAACGCAAAGACACUCAUCCCUCACGUGAAGCCCAACUUCGGUGCUGACCUUCCUCGGAAAGAUCUCAAAGCUACUUGGCUAGGACAUGCCUGUACGCUAGUGGAGAUGCCUGUUGCCUCUCAAGUCAAGGGUACCAAUGAAGGUCAAAGAGGUGUAAGGGUACUCUUUGAUCCUGUUUUGGGACCUGGUAUGGCAUUCUGGGGACUGGGUCCCUCUCGAGAAAGCACCCCGCCUUGCGAGAUCGAAGAUAUACCAGAAAUCGACGUCAUAGCAAUUUCACAUAACCAUUAUGACCACCUGGACGUUCCAACACUUACCACCCUCCUAAAGACGCAGCGUGCCAAGUAUUCGUCAUCGCCUGUCCUCUUGCUCCCUCUGAAUAAUCGGCAUAUUGUUUCUGGGUUGCCUAUAGAUAAGGAAAAUAUUGUUGAGCUCGAUUGGUGGGAAGGGAGAGAAAUUGAGGUUGAGGGUGUGGGUAAAGUAAGGCUUGUUUGCACUCCAUGCCAGCAUUCUACCGCCAGAUAUCCUUGGGAUCGAGAUAGGUCCCUGUGGUCUUCCUGGGUAAUCCAAGACCAAUCAAGCUCCGAGAGUACAAACUCAGCAUCUGUCUGGUUUGGUGGCGACACGGGUUACUGUACAGUGCAUAUGGAUGUUCAUGCAGGUACUCACCCGACAAUCACUAACCCUAAAGCUUUACCUCAAGAUGUUUGUCCAGCCUUCAAGGAGAUUGGCGAGCGCCUCGGCCCGUUCACUCUUGGUCUCAUUCCAAUCGGAGCGUACUCUCCCCGCCUUGUCAUGUCUCCAUUACACGCAGCGCCUGUAGAUUCUGUCCGCAUGUUUGAAGAUACGAAAUGCAAGCAAGCCAUGGCAAUCCAUUGGGGAACAUUCAGGAUGACAAAUGAGAGGUUUACCGGGCCGCCUGAGAAGCUGAAAGAAGCUAUGGAGGAAGCAGGUCUUGAAACCAGUCUCUUCAGCACCUGUAAACUGGGAGAGAGUCGUAGUUAUAAAGUUGGUUAGGUUCAAUAAAUGCCCAGCACAGUCCUGGCUUGAGGACCCAGAUGUAGAUAGCAAUUUUCAAUACAUUAAUUGAUUAGCUUCACAUCGUUACCAACAAAGCUCAUUAGUACGUCAAGACGUAAAACUGUAAUUAUGAUUACACCCUUUCUAGAAUAUUAUGGAUAUAGCCAUCGCAAACAUGAAACCUCUUUUUCACCCUUGUUUCUCCUUGCCGAUCGCCUUCGUCAAAGUGUCCUUUGGGUUCUCCAGAGCUUCUACGCCCUUUUCCAGUACGCCACCCGACGGAGCGCUGUCCCCACGUUCUUCUUGCAUGAUUCUAGCCCUCUCAUUCAAACCCUCUUGGUCACUCGAGCUUAUACUAGCAUUGCUUCCGCUAGCCAAACUCGAUACGCUGCCUUGCCCAUAAACAAUACCAUCACCUUCCUUGAGCUUCGCCUUGCGUUGUUCGUCCUUCAUCUUCUGUAGUUUGUCAUCGUCACAAGCCAUGACGACAAUUUUGAGACCAGGGAAGUUGCGUUUGAGGAAUUUGCGGAAAAUAGGAAUGAGAUCUUUGUUGGGUCUGUAAGUACCAGAAUCAUUGUCGAUAAUGAGCUCGUAUUUAGCCGGGUCGACUGGAGGAGAAGAUUUGGGGGGACCACCAGGAACAUCUUCGGUCGGAUGUGUAUGCUGAGAUGGGUCGGAAGGAGACUUUGAAGGAUCUGACAGACGCCGAAUCAUGAAUUCUCCUGACCAUGCAAUAUAAAUCUACCGCAAUGCUAAUCAGCAGCUUCUUCUAAUGAAGUUUGGGCGAUGACUUACAUUGACAUCGGC